AUGACGGAUACGCUAGUAAGUCCAACGGUAGCUGGUGAAGUACCUCGAGCCACUACCAAUCUGACGACUUCAACCGCUUCCGAACAGCCUGCUACUACCGGCAGUGGAGACGAAUACAUUGAACCCCAGUUUCUCCAUUAUCUGGAGUUCUGCAACGAGGUGCGGACGGUCACGUACAGCGUCACUACCAUAGCCUGGAUAGCCGGUUCUGUCAUGAGCUGCAUCAUUGUCUUAUUUCUCCUCACUUGCUUCUGGUUCCUCAGACGUCUCAGACGGAAAGCCAAUCGGCUAAUUGCCGGACACAAGGAAAGGAGCAAAGGAAACGACGAGUACACCAAGGCAGAGCUUCAUUCCGAAUGUCUACCUCGAAAGCCUGCUGUAGAACUCGAGGGCUCAUACUCAAAUCCAUUGCCGGAUAUGAGCAAGAACGAAAUCGCUGCCCAGAAGAUGUUGUCUCCGCACAGCCGCCACGUUGCAGAGAUGCCGGAAAGACGUGAUUGA